GUGACUCAGGCCCCAGGAGGUUGGGAGGUCCUGGCUGUUGUGGUCCCUGUGCCACCCUUUACCUGCCUGCUUCGGGACCUGGUGCCUGCCACAAACUACAGCCUCAGGGUGCGCUGUGCCAAUGCCUUGGGGCCCUCUCCCUAUGCUGACUGGGUGCCCUUUCAGACAAAGGGUCUAGCCCCAGCCAGUGUUCCCCAGAAUCUCCAUGCCAUCCGCACAGAUUCAGGCCUCAUCCUGGAAUGGGAAGAAGUGAUCCCUGAGGGCCCUUUGGAAGGUCCCCUGGGACCCUAUAAACUCUCCUGGGUUCAAGACAAUGAAACCCAGGAUGAGCUGACAGUGGAGGGGACAAGGGUCAAUUUGACAGGCUGGGAUCCCCAGAAGGACCUGAUCGUACGUGUAUGUGUCUCCAAUGUGGUUGGCUGUGGACCCUGGAGUCAACCACUGGUAGUCUCUUCUCAUGACCAUGCAGGCCAGCAGGGCCCUCCCCACAGCCGUACAUCCUGGGUGCCUGUGGUCCUCGGCGUGCUCACAGCCCUGGUGACAGCUGCUGCUCUGGCCCUCAUUCUGCUUCGAAAGAGGCGAAAGGAGACACGGUUCGGGCAAGCAUUUGACAGUGUCAUGGCCCGGGGCGAGCCAGCCGUUCACUUCCGGGCUGCUCGGUCCUUCAAUCGAGAAAGACCCGAGCGCAUUGAGGCCACACUGGACAGCUUGGGCAUCAGCGAUGAACUAAAGGAAAAGCUGGAGGAUGUGCUUAUCCCAGAGCAGCAGUUCACCCUGGGCCGGAUGUUGGGCAAAGGAGAGUUUGGUUCAGUGCGGGAGGCCCAACUGAAACAGGAAGAUGGCUCCUUUGUGAAAGUGGCUGUAAAGAUGCUGAAAGCUGACAUCAUUGCCUCAAGUGACAUUGAAGAGUUCCUCAGGGAAGCAGCUUGCAUGAAAGAGUUUGAUCAUCCACAUGUGGCCAAGCUUGUUGGGGUAAGCCUCCGGAGCAGGGCUAAAGGCCGUCUCCCCAUCCCCAUGGUCAUCCUGCCCUUCAUGAAGCACGGGGACCUGCAUGCCUUCCUGCUCGCCUCCCGGAUCGGAGAGAACCCCUUUAACCUGCCCCUCCAGACCCUGAUCCGGUUCAUGGUGGACAUUGCCUGUGGCAUGGAGUACCUGAGCUCUCGGAACUUCAUCCACCGAGACCUGGCCGCUCGGAAUUGCAUGCUGGCAGAGGACAUGACGGUGUGCGUGGCUGACUUUGGACUUUCCCGGAAGAUCUAUAGUGGGGACUACUAUCGUCAGGGCUGUGCCUCCAAAUUGCCUGUCAAGUGGCUGGCCCUGGAGAGCCUAGCUGACAACCUGUAUACUGUGCACAGUGAUGUGUGGGCCUUCGGGGUGACCAUGUGGGAGAUCAUGACUCGUGGGCAGACGCCAUAUGCUGGUAUCGAAAACGCUGAGAUUUACAACUACCUCAUCGGCGGGAACCGCCUGAAACAGCCUCCUGAGUGCAUGGAAGAUGUGUACGAGCUCAUGUACCAGUGCUGGAGUGCCGACCCCAAGCAGCGCCCGAGCUUCACCUGUCUGCGAAUGGAACUAGAGAACAUCCUGGGCCAGCUGUCCGUGCUGUCCACUAGCCGGGACCCCUUGUACAUCAAUAUUGAGAGAGCAGAAGAGCCUGCCGAGGGAGGCAACCCGCAGCUGCCUGGCAGAGAUCAGCCCAGCAGUGGGGCUGGGAAUGGCAGUGGCAUGGGGGCAGUAGGGGGCACUCCCAGUGACUAUCGGUACAUCCUCAGCCCCGGAGGGCUGGCUGAGCCGCCAGGGCAAGUGGAGCAGCAGCCGGAGAGCCCCCUCAGCGAGGCCCAGAGGCUGCUGCUGCUGCAUCAAGGGCUGCUGCCCCACAGUAGCUGCUAGCCCACAGGCAGAGGGCCAUCUGACUGGCUCUACUGACCGCUGUGCUGGCUGCCUAAGCCCCAUCUGACCCCAGCCCAGACAGCAAGAUGUGGAGGCUCCUGUGGUAGUCCUCCCAAGCUGUGCUGGGAAUCCUGGACCAAAUCGCCCAAUCUCAGUUCUUCCUGCAACCACUCUGUGGCCAGCCUGGCAUCCGUUCAGGCCCUGGCUUGAUGGAGGUGGGCCUGGCCUGGUUGUCUGAACCCAGGCAGCUGGCAGGAGGGGGGGUGGUGGUUAUGUUUCCAUGGUUACCAUGGGUAUGGAUGGCAGUAGGGGGAGGGUAGAUCCAGCCCUGUGGGCCCCUACUUUCCCAGCUGAGCUGCCCCUGCUGCUUUAGUGCAUGCAUCCAGCCACCUCCUGUCUGGGGGCUCAGCUGUGCCCACGCUUGGGGUUUAAAUGCCCAGGUUUGCCCCUCCGAGUCAUUAAAGAGAUGCCCUUGUAUUAUUCCCUUCUAGGUGAGAGUUGGUAAAGGGUUGGUACAGUUGGGUCCCAAGCCCUGUGUAGGAGGGUGGGAUACACUCAGGUCUGAAUCUCUGUCACUUUCCUGAUUCACCCAGCCCAGGCCAGGAGAAGUGAGUUGGGGGAAGAGGGAAGUGCUUCCUUGAAGCUGACCAGGCCACAUCAAGGCAUCCUGGAGUACCACAGGCUACCAGAUGCCCAUCUGCUAAAGUCAGUGGGCUGAGCCCAGCAAAAGGAACGGGUGCUGUGGGGCUUGCCCAAGAAGUGAGGCGGGGGAGGAGUUCAGGAGCCCUUCUCCCUGCCCUCCCACAGUCUGUCUGAGCAUGCUACCAAAUCCCAAAAUAGUCUAAGACUAACAAAGGCAGCUGUGUCUGAGACCAAUCCUUCCAAACGGUGGCCCUUAUUGCCAAUUUCCCCUUUCAUUGGAGACCCUCUUCUGUCCCAAGUCUCCAGUGAGAAAAUAGGCCUGAUGGCUCAUGUGAGUGAGGGGAAGUUACUGGAGCCCGGACCCCAACCUUGGUUGAGGGAGCCUUCUGGAAUGCAUGGGGCGGGCCCUUGCUGUUAGGGACAUUUCCAAGCUGUUAAUUACUGUUCAAAACAGAAAUAAAAUUGAAGACUAAAGACCCAA